UCUCUCUCUCUCUCUCUCUCCUUCUCUUCCUCUUCAGCUUUUCUCUCUCUCUCUCUCUCUCUCUCUCUCUCUCUCUCUUCUCCUCUCUUCAGCUGCUUGUGAGAUUGAUAGGCUGAGAUCGGUUAGUUAACGUCGUCAAAGCAGCAAUUUCCAGUCGCCGUCAAUGGCUAUGUAUAUUCGAGUAAAGCGUAAUAAAACAACAUAUUUUUUACAAUGUGAACCAACUGAGACUAUUGAAGACAUCAAAAAGAAGUUGCAUGUUCUUAUUGAUCAUCCAGUUAAUGAUCAACGAUUGAUUCUACCAACAACUGGUGAAGUGUUGGAAGAUUCAAAGUCAUUGGCUGAACAGAAGGUUGAAAAUGAUGCUAUUGUUGCACUGACUCUUAGAAGAGAUAACAAUGAAUUUGAAGAUGUAGACAUUGUUAGACCAGAUGACUUCUACCCAAAUCGCGAAAUUGAGGGUGGUGCAAAUUGGUGAGAAAGAAAGAAAGAAAGACAGACAAACUGGUAAUGAUUCACUGUUUGUGAUAGUUAUUCAAUUGUGUCUGUCCCAUAGAAAUAGUUGAAAAGAAGAAGCUGCAUCCUACUUAAUUUAAUUUGGCUUUUUUUUGGAUGAUUUGACAGAGUUCUCCUAAAAUGUAAUGAAUGUUAAAGCUUAAACUUGCUUUCAUGAUGAUCUUACUUGUUUUGACA